UUUCAAUCCAGAGCAGUGAACGCAGCACUGCUUCACGGGGUUUCCCCUCCUUCACCGCUUCAUUAACCUGCUGCACUCCGGUGAUUCUCCUCUCACACCCGGGUUUUCAGAGGUGUUCGGGGUGUUAAUACCACACUUCUUCAUUGGCUUUCCUCCAAGUUUCACUGCGCUUCUUUUCCGGCUGUUAUGAAGAAAAACCCCGCCGCCGCAAGUUGAUUUCUACGCGACUCCACUCUGAAAACAGCGCGUAAAGGCGCAAUAAAACACUCCUAAUUGUUAUCGGCGCAAGCGAGGAUGGCUCUGCAGACGGUGAAUGUGAGCGCGGAGGGUGUCGAGGUGUUGGCGGGCUGCGUGGAGCAGGGAAACCUCAGCGUGGAAGUUACCGACUACAAUGUCAGCUGCAGGAACAGCUCCAUCGUCCCCAGACCUACAGCCAGAGUCAAAGGUAAAAAUUGUUCCCAAAUUUUUGUCUUAAAAAUCAAAAGAUGACAAAAGUGUUACCCUAAGGCACCAGGUAGGCUAAUGCUAAAAUUGUAUUAUUACUAUUUUUUUAAUUCCAAACUAUUUAUAUAUAUUUUAAAAUGUUUUAUAUGUUAAAGCAUCUCUUUAAAGUUUUCUAUAACUAUAAAAAACUGAAUAAUUCCUUCAAAAUAAAAGCCUCUUGGUAGAAAUGGAUGUAUCCAGCUGUGACUUGAGCUAAACAACAUUGUUCGCCUCUAAUUGCGAGCUGCCAACUAUGACUGAUUACCUGCUUGGAAAUGUAAUUGCUGCAUCUUUACCCACCUUUAACGCCACAUUCAGGAUGAGCAUUGGUGGGGGUUUUUUUUGCAGUGAAAUAAGCUGUUUAUGUUUAUCUUCCUUGCUUGUAAUUCUUAAAUUGCUGGCUAACAGUUGAGGAGAUUAAACCCCCACACUAGAGGAGAUAAGACUCCCGAGCUUUGCCCACUAUCUGGACAGCUGUGGAAAAUAAGGGCUGACUUGGUAAUGAAGUCUGAACGUGGGCGAGAUUUCUUGUUUAAUAGUUUUUCUUCUCCUCGGCUGCAGUAUGAAGAAAAUUUAAGUCCUCUCCUGCUAAAUAAUUCACAGCAAUCUCUUGAAUCUGUGCUGCAUUACUUCUUUUGACCUUAUCCAGGCGGCGUGUUGAGGCAUCAUCAGCAGUGUGGGCUCAAAUACCCAGAGAGCAAUCAAACACAGUGGGGCGUGUUUAGGGUUGGACCAAGAGAAAUGCCCUCUAGACUGAUCUAAUUCCCCUCCUCAAACACUGCUGAAGUGACAAAAGCAGAUACGCUGAUUGUUUUAUUCCCUUCAGAACUAAGUGGACCUAUUUCUUCUCUGCAGUGGAGCCUCAUUAUGCAGCUGUUUGUUGGAAUAAUAUAGACAGUACGGAGAAUCGAAGGCCUCACCUCACCUCCUAUAUAAGGAAUCAUCAAUAACAGCUGUUUUCAUUUGUGAUCAGUGACCCCAAUCAGUUUCAUGAUUGCUGUUUUAUAUUUUCAACAAAUUUCCUUUUUGAUUUUUUCAGCACACCCAUGUCCACACACUUAGACGUUUGCAUGUAAAUUGCCUUAUUAAAUCUAUUUGAUUCCAACUUUUUUACUUUGUAGCACAGCUGCUCAUGACUCGACCAUCACCAACACUCACUGACCAUCAAGGAUUGGGCUGAGGAAUAAUCAGUUUUUUUAUACAGACGAAAAAUAUGAAGAUAUAUAUAUCAAGACCGAACAAUAAUGUACAGCCUGCUGUGUUGCCUCCGUUGUGUCCUUUAUGAAUGAAGCGCACCCUCCCUCUCUUCCUCAGCAGUAGCAGAGCGUGGGUGCGGCCCCUCCCCUCGAACAGCUCUCAGUCAGCCAGACUGAGCUCAUAAUUUGGUAUUUUCACCGAAUCGCACUUCUCUCCUUGUCCGCGUGCACAUGCAGCCGAGUUAUUGACAUGAACGUGCCCUCCUCCCCAAAACUAGGGAGCAACUGGUCAGCGCUAUUUUUGGACCUUUUUUAAAGACGUCUCCGUUCCUCAUUUUGUGACCGUCCAUAUACUUUAAAAUGUCCAUUUCAGUCAGGACGGAAAGCAUAACGGCACUCUCCUCGUUGUUCCAAAAGUGGACAUUCUUUCCUGCUUCAGCCAUGUUGCAGUUGCUUAUGUGUCGAAAGUUCUUUAAAUGAUAGCACCACUUCUUCUCUGGUGUUUUUGUUCUGGGGUUACGGGGGCGUGAUGACACGCACAUAUAUUGUCCAAUCACACUCUGACUACACUGGUUACAUGGUAGAGAAAACCGAAUUCCAAUCACAUUAUCUGGGUGUCUUAAUCGAAGUUCUCAGACUCCAAUCAGAAUUCUCAAACUCUGAUUAUAGUCGGACUAAAGGUCCUUACACACCGAGAACGACGUAAAUGUACGAUGCGAAAUUAUGAAAUAUUCGGAGGCAAAUUUUGACACGCCUGACUAUACACAUUAAGCGCGGCGUGAUUUUGUGACUUUCCGGGCGGGGGGGGGGAGAACGUGUCCGGGGUGGAAGCGAGAAGACUGACACAACAGCAGACUGACUGUUUUUCAGUUCUGAUUAGACUCUAGUGUUGAGAUGUCUGUCUGUCAUGAUAGCAUGUACUGAGUCGGGGCCAGUACCAGAUAAGCACAUUAAACUAUAAUCCAUAAACGUAAGGUAACAACCGAGACCUAAUGGUGCUGUGACAGCAACAUGAUUGAGUUUGAGACAGUGAAAAUACAUAUGGUAUGUUGUAUCUAAACACGUUAGCUUACGAGCUAAAGUUACUUAGCACAGAUGAAAGUUAAAACAAAGACGUUUAGCAAACUGUUAAAGCACACAAACCAUCGUCAUAUGAGAAAUCCAACGCUAUGACUCUCCACAAGUUGUCCUUCAGGUCUUUAUCUUUGUAAUAUUUGUGUCUUUUUAAUCAAAAAGCACUCUGUUCUCCGACACGUAAACAAUCAGCUGGUCGGCCAUGUUGGAUAUACUGGUGAAUCUGACGUUGCAACAACAUGAAAUCUGAUCGGUCAUAAGUGGACACUCAGUAUGCGAAACUUUAGGAAAAUCGACCGUGAUACAAAAAAAAAUAAAUGCCGCAAUAUCGCAGGACGGGAAAACGUCGCUGAUGUGAACGCUUGUAUUGACAGGAUACAGGUUAAAAAAAAAUAUUGAUGUCGGAAAUAAUUGCACGAAAAAAACGCUCCCGGUGUGAAAGGACCUUAAGGUGUUUACAUGCACUUUGGUUUUCUUGAGUGUCAUGUAAACGUACUGACUGUCACAUCACUAUGGGAGCAUGAGGAAGUUGUAACUCCGGCUAAGAGAAAUCUACAACAGUGGUACAAACUAUCAGGCAGCAACAGGUGGAGAGAGGAGAGCAGGGAGAGGAGCAGGAGUGUGUCUGAAAAGCCAAGGGACGGAAAAAGAGAGGCUGUAGCGAUCUCAUGCACUGACAAGCUGAAAAAUUUAGAAACAUUGUGCAGAAUCAUGAUUUUUAUAUGAGUAAAUGCAGAUUAUUUUCCUUUAGAUCAUUCACUCUUUGUUCCAGCUACUAACUGCAAACCACAUGGAUUUAAACUUGCAGGAAAAAGCAGGAUGCAGCUGUGUGCAUAUUUCUAUAUUUGAAGAGCGCAGAGGAGAAAUAAGGGAGCGAGAAAUGAAGGUCUGAUUGAAAUCCGUUAUGAAAGUUUUAUUUUCUUCUUAUGCAUUUCCUGUGUGUAGAACUUGAAUAAAAGAAACCGUUUACUUUCUAUUAUUGAUCUGUCAAUCACUCUUUCAGUCUGUAAUGUCUGAAAACAAUGAAAAGUGGCCACAGUCUCAGCGCUUUAUGGUGCAACUUCAUAGUACUUGUCGUGUCCAACCAAGAGUCUGACAAAAUAUUGUUCAGAAUGCCAGAUUUGAGAAGCUUGACUUUUAUGGAAGAAGUUCAGCCAGGUUAGUUAUGAAACACUGUAAGAAAAGAAAAUUCCAAAUGAAAUACACAACAAGAGGAUCAGUUUGCAGUUUUUCAAGUGAUUGCCCCUCUUUAAAGGGUCGUAUUUAAAAAGGCAACAAGGAUUUCAUUACAUGACUUCAAGUUCAACCCUUUUUGUUCCCUAAGAUCUAUCUGAUGGACCUGAGAUUAUAUUUCACAUGACACUGUGCUCCUCCCACCUCAAUUGUUUUUCUUUCCCCUCACCUGUUUGUAUAGAUCCUGUAUGAACUGUGAGGAGUUUUACUCCAGGGAGCUGUGGGAGGGUUUGGCCAGGGGCUUGAACAAGAAACUAUAGAAUAAUGAUAGUAUAGGUCCAUUUAAAGGUAAUUGAAAAACAAUAUAAAGACAUUUUGGCUGAAGUUCAGCAAGCAUGGUGCCAGUUUGGCAGGAUAUGCAGAGGCACAUAUGCAUCUCCAAAGAGUUAUGCAAGAUCUGUUUGGUGCCAUGAAAAAGAAAGUAUAGAAUAAUGACACUGUGCGAGUGAAUAGGAGUGUUUACAGGUUACUGGGAAACAGGAAGACCAUCAAUUGAUCCUUAAAGGGCAGCGAUGCACAGACAAGGAUCAGAUUUCUUAUCAAACAUAGUUUUUUUCUUCAUGUUUUGACCUCCUGUAAACAGAGUUUUAGAGGUUUUGGAAACCUCUCAUAAUCAUUUCCGUGUUGAUGGCUUAAACAAAAGUUAUAUUACACACUGACCUUUAUGCACAUGGCAAUUAUUGUUUAAGUUUAUGGGUUGCCAGUGUGUCGAGGCCUGCUUUGUACUGGUUUAACUGGAUGUUUAUGGGAAAACCUAGGCGUAUCAAACUCAUUCAUUUUUAAUUCCCCUCUCUGUGAAAACGAAGAGGGAAUAAUAUCUUUAAAAAUCCACUGCUGGUUGUUUGGGUUUUACUGUACAUGGCUGCUUUAUUGUGUCUGCUUUAGCGAACAUUUAAUGGUUUCAGUUUCUCAAAAUGUUGAAGGAAAUUGUUUUUGAUGCUCUAUUCACAUCCCGUCGCCUCUUUAUUUACAUGUUAAUUUUAGAGACCCAGAUUGUUUCCCUCCAUCUGCUAUCUGCUGUUUUUUUUCCUGCCACAAUUGAAAGAGCAGCUGUGAAACUCCUUCAGCAGGGAAACAACACAACAUCUGACAUGCAUCACAUUACAGUAAUCUCUCAGGACUCUGGAGAGCAGUUCACGUCAGACAGGGGGCCCUGCUUAAGCAGAACAACAUCUGUAGCUGCACCUUGGCUGGGCUCCGGCCACCCGCUGCUCCCUGCUGAUUCAAAGUGACACUUUGCUGAGCUCACUGCGUCCUUUUUGAGUCUGUGUGAGAUAAGUAAUCAUGAAGUGGAUCUCAUAAGUAUUAAAUGAACGCUGCUUUGAAACCAACCGGUCGCCCCGCACUGUAGGGAGGAUGAAAAAAAGGCUCGACUCUGCAGGGGGGUGCUUCUCAGGAGCUUCUAUAUUCAACUGAUCUCUACAGCAGGGCGUCUUGCUUAAGGGAUUAGCAUCUCAUUCCCCUUUGGGUAUGUACAGGUUGUCAUAACAUGAUCAUGCUAAUCAGAUCAAAUGAUUGGAAACAUUUGAAGCGACCCGGUGAGCCGGAUCCAGCGGCACAAACACGCAAGGACUGAGUGUGCAAAGUAUUCAGAGCAUCCUUCAUCUUUUUCUUCUUCUUCAUUAUAAUGAGCUGCAGCCUCUUGUGUAUGAUGAACGUACUGAAUCUUUAAAAUCGUUAAGUUUGCACACAUUGGACAGUAAGAAUCAAUGUGAUAUUGUGGUGUUUUGAAUCUCUAUUAUACCAUCAGAUCACUCCAUGAAAGAAGAGAACAUUUAUGAUGUCCAUGAAGGUGUAUUGUGGUGCAGUUGAGUGUGACCACACACAUUAAGAUCCCCUAAACAUCUGCAGCACUCUCUCAACCAUGCAAUAGCUGUAUUGAGCCGUAAUGUCCUCUGUGUGCACAGCAGCUUUAUUAACAGGCUACUGAGAAUGGAGGGAGGCGAUGCUGCAUCUUUAUGAGGGGGGUCUCUAUCACUUUGACUGGAUGCAUACGACCAGGGACCCAUUUCACUCUCAGUUAAUCCUCAGUCAUGUGACGCCCUAGCCUGGUACAACACAGGGUCUUUAAGCCGUUUAAACCCCAGUGUGACCAUACAAGAGGAGGACAUUCAACCAUCCUGAAAUGUACAAACUGCACUUUUUACUUAAGAGUUAAAAAAAAAAAGAAAUUACUUGCACUACUUUGUGUCCCUUUUGUUAGCGUCGCUACCUCGGCGUUAGCUUCUUUACACAUUGAUUUAUGGGAAUCAAGAGGCGAACACCUUCGCUGAAUGUUUGAUGAGAUAAGGGAUUUCCUUGAGGAGCAGCCCUUCUCAUAGAUUUGUUGUGCUGCUGGUAGAAGUAGAACAGGGAGGCUAUACUGAAACAAACAAGGGGAGUCUCAUUCAGUCAAUAAUAACAAGAGAGAGUCCAACACUUAGUGGCAGGUAUUUAUAGAGUAUCUUGGCUACACUUAUAGUAGAAAGGUCUUAUGGGCGCUGAAUUUAUAGAUUAGCUUUGGCUGGAAGCUUCGAGAUGAGGCGAAGUGACGUCACGAGGUUGUGCGGUAGGCUUCCGUUUUUUCUCCAGUGUGAAAGGAUGCUCAGUGAUGAUGAUGAUGAUAACAUGUUCUACAUUUCUGAAACAUCAAAACUCAUAAAGACGCUGUGCACUCACGACAGAAUUUCCCUUACAUAAGCAAUACUUAUGCAGGCCGCUUAGGUACUUUUGUGUAUUCAACGCCAAUUUUUGCAUUUCUUCUUCUGCGUGUAUGAUUAGCUAUUUAUUAGCACGCGCUCUGCACCCCUUGCAUGAGCGCAAGAGUAGCGUAUAUCUGAUCAGAAAGAGAGCAAGUGUUCAAGUGUUUUGCCUUUACUUCAAUUGUCAUGAUACUCAAAGCAUCAAAACCAUAAACCGUUUAUAGAAUGGACGCUGUCUGCCUCCUCGCUGGGUGAAGCCACUCCAAGAACAGCACCCUCUGGUGACGGGCUGCAGUAUAGGUCAUAAAUCCCGCCUCCUCCAGCAAUCCCUAUGGAGCUGUGAACAAACUUAAGACAUUAAUUACACAGGACAUUAUUUUUUUUUCCCCCCUUGUUGCGGCGUUGACAUGUAGUUAUUGUAAGACUGGUUUGUGCUCAAGUCCUCUUUUUUUCUGUACAGCUCUGUUAUUAAAAGUUAUUAGGGGGUUCAUGUUUUCUAUGAUUGACACCUGAUACAGCCUAUGAACGUACGAAGAUUGCGUAGCUCACCCGGGGGAUACACUGUUUGAGCCUCGACUCUCGGCUCUCGACUCUCGACCUCGACUCACCUGCCAACUGGGUACAACGCUACUGCGCAAUGUUGGUUUCAGGAGGUGGAGAAAAAACGCAGAAUUUCCGAAAGCUUUUUGGCUUCAAAUCCAUAUACUGGCAGAAGGCGGAACCAAGUUGUCCAUUGUAUAUACAGUCUAUGAUCAGAAUCUCUACACAAGGUUCACCUGCCCACCAAACUGAUGGGGAAACUGGUCUUGUGUGCAGGCACAGUCUCCUGCUUUCAUCUGUCACCUCUUGGGACAUGAUUUGUGGUACAGUAGUGGUCACUUAGCUUGUGUAAGAAUCACUUUUUAUCAUUAUUUUGACAUUUUUAUUGCCUUGUCUCAUGUCUCAAAACCUUUUUCAUUGGUCAGCUAAGAGAUACCCAUGCCUGUAUUGGCCACAAACAUAAAAAAUCCUGACUUUACUCAUACAGCGGAUUACCGGGACAGAAUCCAAAACUUAAAAAACAGUUUUUGGUCAGGGAAGAAAAUCCCAUCACUGCUAAAUGUACCAUACACUCCAUGCUUGGUCACAGUUUGCCUCUGAAACCUCUUUAAACACAUUACCAAAUCAAAUUUUGUCCACACUUCUUUAGGAACCAGGACAGUGUGGGAAUGAGAUUUACAGUUCUGCCUGCAGCUCACUGGUUGAGACUUGGCAGGGACCUGGCUUCUUGUCGCUGUGUUUGCAGAGACACCAGAAUGAAGAGAGAUUUACUGAAUUUGUCACCCGUAGGAGAUGCUGCAGUGCAGUUACUCUCUUUUGUCUGCCAAGUGCUUUACUUAAAAUAGAAACGGGCUCACACCUUCUGUACAUGAGCUAUCUGUAAUCAAGCUUAUUGUACCAUACUGCCUACAAUCUUCACAAAUUUUCAUUUGAGUGGACUGAAUGUGGAUCAUGAGUUCAUGUUGGCAUGAGUGGGGAGACCAUUUGAUUAAAUUGUACAAAACAAUCAGAUAUGCUACGAUGCUAAAUGAGACAAUUUUGUUUAUAUUUAAUAGGAUAAAAUGAAAAAAGCAAAGGUUUCUGGUCAACUGUGAAUCUAGAGGAUAUAGGUAAUAUAAAUAUUUGAUUUCCCCUUCUUUUAUCUUGGUUACGCUACCUUAAAGGUGGAGUAGGCAGGAUCCGAGGAAGUGCCACAGAAAUCUUGAAUGUAAACACUUCCCCUCCCAACCAGUUUUCCCUUCAGCUCCUCCUCUCCCCUCCCUCUCCGUUCCAGCAAGCCCCGCCCACAAACUUAAAUUCAGAUAUAAUGCAGAUAAAUAUUUCAGAUAAUUACAAAUGGGGCCCAGUCAACGUGAAAGUAAAAAGCAUCGGUGCUACUGUAGAAGCCAACAGACUACCAGAAAACACAAUGUUUGCAGGACUUCUACAACUAGAAACAAAUACUCCAGGACCCGAGGUCAACAGUUAAGCGGCGCUGCACCUCUCAGCAGGUCCCAUUUGACAAGAAACACUUCUGUUACACUUGGCUUACUUUGUUAAAGCGGUUUACCUGUCCAGCAGCAAGGUUACAGGGUCCAAAAGAUCCUGAAGCGUCUCCUAUCGUUUUAUGUUGACCUGGCUUUUUAGCUCUUGUCCGGUCUACCUCCUUUUUCGGCGCCCGUUAUUCCGCGAGAGUCUCCGGUAUUUACUUUGUUUUAUUGCUUGUGUCAGCAGUCGUGGCUAAAGGAGGAUUCAGACAAUUUUCGUUACUUUCUGGUUGGUUUCUACUGUCCAAUAUUGUAACACGCUAACUUUGUUUGGGCUCGUGAACGUUAUUCAGAGACAGAUUCCUGUCUACCCCACCUAUAAGACUGCUGUUGCCAAUGCUAUAAUCACAGGUACCGAUGCUAGCUAGUGCUACCAUAACACAACAUGCUGCUGUCGAUUUUGUUUAAAGGCUAAUUAUAAACAACAUCCAGAAGGUACCCUAACUAGCUCUCUUGCUGGUUCCCUAUCCUGUUUAGGGAGUGCUGGCUGCAAUUUAGACCCUUGUAUCAAAGCAGCUCCUUAAUGAGGGAGAGAGAGGGGGAGGAAAUAGAAUCAGUAGCUAACGAAUUUGUCAGGGUCUUGUGGGUAAUCGAAUAUGCGCUGAGCUUAGUGCUAGAGUACAGACAAAGUCUCUCCAAACAAAUUCCCAAGUCACGUGAGAUCAAUAUUCGCGUCUCAUGGGGGUGCAUGUUGGAAAUUGUGCUGACUGUAAGAGUGUUUUGCUUCCUCACUGAAAUCAUACAACGCCAAGACGACAAACCCCCGCAGGUCUAGCAUUGGAUCCACAUAUCUGACACGAGGUGAAAUCAGUCCUUUCCUGCAAACAAGCUGCCCCGGUCUUUAUCAUUUGAUUGAAUCUGUUAGGGAAGACAAAACGCUGUUAAUUCUCCAGGGUUGGCGGUGCAAUUAAAAAAAAAAAAACAGGCUGCAUCUGAUUUGCUGCUUCAACCAGCAAAAGAAUAAUCAGGACUAAAGCCGGAGCUAUUAAGAGCUCUGAGAUGUGAAAUAGUCUUUUAUUGGCAAUGUGGACGCACCUCAGGGCUUCAAAGCAGCAGCUCACGAUGAAGACACAGUCAUAGGAGGCACGUCUGUGAUGGUUUAUCCACAAUUUGAAGUGUUUACAAGUCGAGGAUGAAAAUACCGCCAGUAAUGGGGACAAGGAGCAAAUAUUUAUGUGUAAUAACCUCCAGGUUCUUGUGCUUGGAAAGACCAUUUGAUAAGAGAGAAUCAGUUUCACAUACAGCGUGAAUCCAGACUGUUUUUCAUGCUGAUUAACACCAUAGAAGGUAAAUUACAGCAAAAGGGUGCAGGCAAGUGUUUAAUUUUCAUGACAGGUUUCAAAGAUUGAUGGUGUUUACUCAAGACAGGGGUAUCAUCAGAUCAGAUGUUGGAUGAUAUGGUUUUGCAGAAACAAAUCUCAUGCGUUCUGGUCUUUGUAAUGGGCUGUAAAUGGAAAUCCAGGAUGUUAUUGCUUUUGAGGAACAAAUGGAAAUGCUGCACGGAGUUGCACUUUGGGAAAUGUGAUUGAAUUAAACAGUUUUCUAUCAAAUUGGAGCUGCCAAACAGAAUCAAGCCAGAAUCACCGCCUUUCUUGACACAUUGCAAAUUUUGUGUUUCUUUUCUUUAUUUUUGAUGCAGACUGAAAAGAUGGCACCGGCUCUGUCUUGGACUUCGCUUCAAAGAAGGGAAUCAGUCUCCAACUCCCACAAGAUCAGGACUCAUUUCCUGACUUAUGUUUGCUGCUUCACGGUUUUAUUCCAAAAAAUCUCCCGGCUCGCUUAUAAUGAGGGAUAUUUAUGUCAAAUUGGAGCGUUUCAUCAUCAAAUACAGCUCCAUAGCGAGGAUUUUUCUCAACUUUGGCUCCUACUUUUGCGGCUCAAUCACCUCUGAGAUGGUUUCUGCUCAUUAACAACUUUAAUAGAGAAUAAAUCAUAGAGCCAGAUAAUAUUCAGCUCCUGUUAAAGUUGCCUGAUAGUUGAUAAAGCUUUCCCAUUACGAAAAGUUACAAAAAGAGCAAAUGGAGGUUAAAUAAUCAGUCAAUGCUGCAGUUUCCUUCUCUAAAUUCAGGGUCAGGACUUAAAACGUUACACAUCAACAACCCCCGACUGCAUGUGAGCGCCUCAGAGGUGAACGCCGCCGCUCUCUUACCUGUGAUGUAUUUAUAGAUACUCGUCGAUUUUGAACUCAGCUGUCACGCUUGAGGGAGUCAAAGGAGCCAAAGUGAAUUGUCCUGCAGUAGCUCAGGGGAGCAAACAUACCUCUGCCGCUCAGUGAAUAGAUAAUUCCAUUUUCACUCGGCUGCAUCGCGCUAAAAUCCAACACAAUGGGAGCCGCUGGGCCCGCUUUGUGCAUGUGCAGGAAGUGUGUGAGUUUGUGCUGAUGUGUGCAUAUGUUCAGUGAUGCUGCUGCAGGUCGUCUCAUCAGAUCUGCUGCAUAUGUUUAAGUCUUUUGUGGAUAAUUUGGCUUCAUCACGUCGACUGUGACGUCAGUUUUGAGGAACAAAGAGUUGGCGUUUAACAUCAACCCGCAGAGUCCACAGUUCACACCAAGGUCGUGUUCACACCUAAAGACAGUUUCCUGAAUUCCCCAAUCCAAGGCAAGACGAUACAUUUGUUUUGAUUGUUUAACUGGUCCAGUUUGCGUUCAUAAAGGACAAACUCAAUCGCUCCAGAAAAGGGAACCGGAAGUCACGUGACCACGAAUAUUGUUCAGUUAUUGGUCAUCAGUUUAUGCGGGAAUACAAACCCCGCUCUGCUGUCUUCGCCUGUCAUGGAGCAUCAUAGGCUGAUUUUGCUUUUGCUACUCAUCUGGAACGCAUAUCAAAAGACGCUAGUCGAUCGCGCGUAUGAACGGCUCGCUAGCCAGCGAGGGCGAACUGCGGCAUUCCAGAGUAGACGUGCUGCAAACAACAGACGGAUGAAGACGAGACGGCAACAGGCAUUAAUGACUUGUGUGGUGCGUUUCCUGUGAUCGGUGUGGAUGACGUUCACACCAGAAAUGAACCGCUCCAGAGACUUGAUAGCGGUCCGAGACCACCUCUUUCAGGCGGACCAGAGUUUGUUUAUUUGGAGUUCGAUGUCAGCGUUCACACCGACCCAAACGAACCGCACCAAGGGGGUAAACGCUCCAGGGUUUGGUUCAACCGGACUUGACGAGGGUGGUGUGAAUGCUCCGAUUUUUUUACUACUUAAAGUGUUCUCAGUGGUCUUUAAACUGUGAUUAUGAAGUUUUUUUUUUUGCCAAAAUCACGUUACCUGUGUCAAUUUUUAAGGGUUUUUCUUCUGCAGAGCUCCAGUAGCUCAUUAGCAAUUCGCCUCUGAGUCGUGGGCGGAGUCAGCGCUGCUCUGCACACUUCUCUUCGAGUUAGCUUGCAGCCUAACAUUGCUGGUGUAGUAGAAGAAAGAAGAUCUCGGACACUAUUGUCUUUGGAGACAUGAUGAAAGUUAAUAUCAUAAUUAGCUUUCUUACGAGCAUUGCUAUCCGCCAACGCACACGCUUGUUCCGCGAUCGUACUUUAUUUCUCCGAGCCUGGCCUGUGUAGCGGGGCUCCAGGGGCAGAGCUUUGAUUUGUUACGUAGGAAAUCUCACUGUAUCUGAUCCUGCCGUUUGGGUCUGCCAGAGACCCGAAUACUCAAAAAUGCAAUUUCGCACGUCUUUUUCUCAUGACAUGUCCUGUAGCAUCGUGGCUGUCGUAAAAGUCGCUAGAAGUCACUAGAUGAUGUCAUCGCCUAAUUUACAUAAUUUCUCAGUCAAACCCACUGCCGACCCCCCCACCCCUACCCUGGGAGGAGGUGGGGGUGGGGGAGUCAUCCGUAGGGUGUCUAUAUGUGUCUGUAUUUUUGAUGCACACCGGCUACCCGUUGAGAAGAGUAACAUCGAUACCUGCGUUCAUGUUAGGGUCUCUAAACUCCAGAAAAAGUGGCCAGAAUGGACGCUAGGCGCUUUUUUGAAAAUAAAUCGCUAGGGGGGUCCAAAAAGUCACCAAAUCUGGUUGGCAACACUGGUGUCAGUAUCCCCUUUCCAUCAUGGAGAAUGUGGACUAGUGAGAACAAGCCAUGCAGUCUUGAGACUAUAGCGGACACAAAGUUCAAGAUUUCUUAAAAGGACGUUGAAUUUAUUUGUUAGACCAUCUCUGUAUUUUUGGAUAGAUUGAUUUCAAACCUUUGCAGUGAUAUCCACCACAGAGUCAUGUCUUAUUUCGAGGAUGAGACAGUAGCUAGAGCAGGAAACUGGUAGAGAGAAUAGGGGAUGUCAUACAGCAAAGAACCACAGGUUGAAUUUGGACCCAUUGAGGACUAUAUCCUCUGUGCAUGGUGCAACUUGUACUUUGUUCUAGAAAAGCAUUUUGCAAAUAGGAUUAAUCAUCCAGGCUGUUUUUAUUGUUAUUUAACAUUUUGUUGAUUUGCCAGUGAUAGCCGCCUGGCUGAUUUUAAUGUGCGCUCCAACAGCAGGAUGUCCUUAAAUCACCAGACACUCUCAGAUGUUUAGAUUUCAGCUGCAGUGACCACAUUUGCACACUCGGUUUAUUCCCAAACCCAUCAGGGCAGAGAAAAGCAGCAAAACAUUGUAAUUAUGUGUAUUAUUAAUUUUACUUUUCAGUAUAAGCAGCAUUGCAAACAAAUAGAGGCGACAGAGCACAAACGCGUCGAGCUGUUAAUUACCACAUUUGCAUUUCUGACAACUAAUUAUGGAGUAGAAUUAUUCUGUAAAGAAAACACUCAUUCACCAAUGGCAUGCUGGGAUUUUUUUUUAAUAAUGCGCAAUGACUAACAUGCAGAAACUACUACAGACUGCCCCCCUGCAAAGCAACAUAUUAAACCAGAGAGUUAUUGAAGCACUCUUGCCAAAACCAGCCUUGUUUAAGACGUUUACCUACGCUGAUGAUACUGUCCUGGUCUAACUCCUCCUAAGGGGGGUGUAUGUGUGUGCAUGCCUUCAAGGUGAUCCAGGCUCUACCGUGGGCCCGUCCCACGUCCCUAUCUUCAAUCUGAGGACUCAGUCUGUGCAGCACACGGCCCGCCCUGACCUUGUCCUGUUUCAUCCUCGCAUAAUCAAACAGAUUCACUGUGACAGGCCGGUGUGAGUGAAGAGAGCAGCCCAAAAAGCCUCUAGCCGGACCGUCCCGUUCUUGCUGAUGCUCAGCUGUAUGUCAGUGCUGAGAGACUGACUUUAGGAGGAUGGAGAUUUGGGGAUGUGCAAUACUAAGAAAAUUAUGUCCCUAAUUUUUGAGGACUACGCCGGUGAUUGUACGUGAUCAUACAAACAUCACUAGUCUUUAAAUGCAUGAUGGGGUAAAUUAAAGGCAUGGUUGACGAUCUGAGAAGCAGUUUUAAAAAAAAAGUCGGCCGGCAGAAGAUCCUACCCUAGCUUCGAAUAGGAUUCAGCUAGGCAGUAAACGCCAGCUCUGCUAGCGAGCACCGUCUGCAGCUGCCUGGACAGCUACUGUGUUGACGUUGCAGAGACUAAUAAGAAUUAUUUAUGUAACAUUUGCCACGAUAAAGGGUAAAAAAUUACCUGUUCAACAAAAACUCUGCUGUCUCUGCGUCUGUUUUCAGGCACAAAUCCUGGCAGAGCUUUCUCUAUGACCCGAAGUUUAUUCAAGUUAGAUUCCUUGCUUGGUCACAUGUCCUCUUCAACUCUGCCCUUUCUUCUGUCGGCUUGCGUUUUUUUCUUGCGUGGGGAAAGCAGAAGUGUUUUUUUUGCGUCCUUCUUCAUCACAGCUCCUGUAGCGAAGCUGCUACGCUACUUUUAGCCGCUCAGAGCUCCAAAAAGGGCCAGGAGAGGGGGAGGGGACGAGCCGGAACUACGAGAGAGGGGUGUGUCGAAUACAGCAAGGUGAUUGGAUGGAGAGGUGGAGCAGGAGAUUGACCAAUAGGAGCUGUCCUGGAUGGAUGGCUCCCAUUGGUCAAUAUUUUUGCAGCCCUGCACCUGCUAUGGUGAACGGAUUUUUUUCCAUUCUUUUUUCUCUUCACUUUGUGGCGCUCGCACUAUAGGACCAUGAUCGCAAUAUAAACGAGGUUCAUAAUAAUUACCACUCUCUCCAAUCGUCAACCAUGCCUUUAAAAGCCCCCAGCCUAGUUAGCAUCCUCUAGUAUCCCAGAGUGCUUUACACAAGGAAGCAAAACAUAGCAGUACCUAAAUCACGGGGAGUUUUCCAGCUGUGCUCUGCUCGUGCAGUGUGCCUCUACCCUAAUCUUUGACAUCAGGAAAGUCCACUCAGAUCCCAGAUGGGGUUACCCCUGACUCCACCCUUAUUUCUUUGCUUUUUUGAAGUGUUUGAUUAGAGGCCAAGAGAGACAGACUGGACACACGUCAUGACAUCGAUGCGAAUCCUCACUGUUUAAUUUCCACCUUGUUUGUCCAGUUUGAAAUUUAUUCCCACAUCACCUUCUGGCACGUCUGCUCAUCUCUGAUGAUGUUGUUUUUCUUUGUCCUCCUUUGUCAAUAUUAUCAUUUCAAUUAUCACUUGGCUCACAGGGUGAGAAAGAAAAAUAUUGACACUGGCUUAAUUUAAGAUGUUGAUAACACGGAGUUACUCUGUCUCAUAAUUGACUUUGCUGUCACUUUUAUAUGUGCGCUGAGUCUUAUUUCCCAGGUGAACAAGCUGAUUCAGUUUGUUCAUUAAAUUUAUCGGUGUUGUUUGGUUUACUUUCACUUUUCACCCAAUGCUGUCUCAUUUUGUUCUUGAUGUUUUGUGUAAUUUUAGGAGUUCACUGAGUUGGUGCAUAACGAUGAAGAAGUGUAACAACUUUUGCUCAUUAUUGUCUGGAUAUGAUUGUUCUGUCUCUCCUCUUUUGUUUAUUGCUGUUCCCAUUAAAAUGAAACACUCUGUUGCUGCUUUUGAAUACCAGAAAAAGUUUAGAUGAAAAAUUGUAUUUAUUUAUGGGAUAGGAGACAUUUUUUCACUGUGUUAAUUUGCUUUUGAAAUGGUUACUUCAGUUUAAAUAAUGAGCUCAAUUUAAUGCAAAAACAAAAUCCCGUUAACUCUGUCAUCUCUUUGUUUCUUUUUCAGAAAUGGACUCUUUCCGCAUCCUCCUCUACACGCUCAUUUUCCUCCUGAGCGUCUUCGGCAACCUGCUCAUCAUCGUGGUCCUGAUGCUGAACAAGCGGAUGCGAACGGUCACCAACUCCUUCCUGUUGUCGCUGGCGGUCAGCGACCUCAUGAUGGCCAUCUUCUGCAUGCCCUUCACGCUCAUCCCUAACAUCCUGGAGGACUUCAUCUUUGGAGAAACCAUGUGCAAGACCGUCACUUACUUCAUGGGUAUGUUUUUCUACUACAGGUUUAGGCUGAGCUGAACCAACCCAGCAUCUGUAGUUUGGCAUCGUCAAAAAAAAGACCUUUCAUGUAGUUUCAUUUUAUAUUUUCAGAUAUGGUCGAUUAUUUCAGACGUCAAUAUUUUUUUUGAACCUGUAUCCUGUCAAUACAAGUGUUCACAUCAGCGACAUUUUUCCUGUCCUGCAAUAUUGCAGCAUUUAUUUUUUCGUAUCACGGUCGAUUUUUCUAAAUUUUUGCAUACUGAGUGUCCACGUCUGACCAAUGAGAUUUCGUGUUGUUGCAAUGUCAGAUUCACUGGUAUAUCCAACAUGGCCGACCGGCUGAUUGUUUACGUGUCGGAGAACAGAGUGCUUUUUGAGAAAGAAACACAAACAUUACAAAGAUAACGACCUGAAGGACAAUUUGUGGAGAGUCAUAGUGUCGGUUUUCUCAUAUGACGAUGGUUUGUGUGCUUUAACAGUUUGCUAAACGUCUUUGUUUUAACUUUCAUCUGUGCUAAGUAACUUUAGCUUGUAAGCUAACCUGUUCAGAUACAACAUACCAUAUGUAUUUUCACUGUCUCAAACUCAAUGGCCUUGCUGUCACAGCACCAUUAGGUCUCUGUUGUUACCUUACGUUUAUGGAUUAUAGUUUAAUGUGUUUAUCUGGUACUGGCCCUGACUCAGUACAUGCUAUCAUGACAGACAGACAUCUCAACACUAGUGUCUAAUCAGAACUGAAAAACAGUCAGUCUGCUGUUGUGUCAGUCUUCUCGCUUCCACCCAGGACGCGUCUUUUUUUCCCCUCAGAAAGUCGUAAAAUCGCGCCGUGCUUGAUUUUACGACUAUGGAGGUUGCGCGUCAAAAUUCGCCUCUGAAUAUUUCGUAAUUUCGCGUCGUAUAUUUGCGUCGGUCCCGGUGUGCAAGGACCUUUAGGGGGUAAUUUGUAGCCAAUGCAGUGAUUUCCACUACAGAGUCAUGCCUGAUUUGAUGCACUGCUGACUGAGGGUCUAACAGAACAUGACCACCAAGUGUUUGUUUUCAACAAUUUUAUGCAGAUGACCUUCUAAAACUGUUGAACUGUUUGCUCACACAGUCUCUCACUGCUCAUGCUGACUUCAAGCUUUGGGUUAAAACUAUCUAAUUCUGUUUUUAUCAACCUACUCCACACUCUCCUGAUCUUUUUGGACUGGGGUUGUAUUAAAGUGGUGAAGACAUUUUUGGCUUUAGAGCUGGGCUGUGGAUUGAUGAAGCUUUAAAUCUCCCCGGGUGGCAAAGUAAUUCCUGAGAGUAUGGUGCUGUCUUAUUUAUUACACUUUAUGUCUCUUUGAAGCUACCAGACCCCUCGAUACUUUUAGUCACUCUUUAUCUGACUAGAUUUAAAACUGAGUAAUAAAACAUUAACUUAAGUCCAUUGUGGUACUUUGCUGCUGCUUUACAAUAUGUUUAGACUCUGUAUGGAGGUUGCUUGUGCGACUGACUUUAACUAAAUGCUCAGCCAAUCCAAUAAACAGUGGUUUAAGGCGGUGAUGAAAGUGAGUCAGCAUUUUCAGAGUGACUCUUAAGAAACCUGUUUGCUGUUUCUCCGUCACAUUUAUGUUAGAAACUAUAUUUCACGAGUGAUACAUGAAAAAGUCUAUAACCAGUGAAAACCAAUCAGUUAUACUAGCAAGAGCUGAUAGGAAUAAAAAGGAAAUUUAAAGGGUUCAUUCAGGGACUGGCUUAAAAGCUAAAAUUUUAGGGAUCUGGCCUUUUCUGUGUCUGAUCAGGAGUUCAAAAUCUCCCCCUUCAAUCGCUUCAUAUUUUAGUAGACCGCCUCACUUUGGCCUCGAUUCUGCCCAUCAUGCUGAAAGUGCUCGAACACUCACACAUCUCCAGGAGUGUGACUUAGUGAUGAGCUGGCUCCCAUCAGGCCAGACUCAAGGUGUCCUGUGAGGCCUUGUGAGUCAGACCCGAGCACAAGAGAACGGAAGAGAAUCCGAGAUCCGCCGCAGUUGCGUGCUUGCGUCUCCUCGCUCCUCUUUGAGCUUUGAAUGGUUGAGGAGAGCUGUUGAAUGGCGAGGUCCACAAUCCUAUUAUUGUCUGAGAAACGCCAUGCACCGUGUGUGAGAACAGGCAAGGCUGAAUCACCUUUUCAAUUACUGAGCUUUCUGAGCUGUGAUAAGAGGCAGGAGGGCAACAGGACUGGAUACCUCCGACUAAAAAUACAAAGAUAAACUGUUUUAUAAGCUUAGUUUGAAGCUUUGUGUGUGUCCUCUCAUUCCAGUAAAGGCGGGGACAGCCGAGUAGUUUAUCCACGAGGUGAAGCGAUGAAUCAGCCGGCUUUUUAUUCAAGUGGGGAAUUCAAAAAGGAUGUCCUCCACUGUACAUGCCUGAUUUUGCAUACGCUAACUAAAAUUGCACCGUUUAUUUCCCCUAAACAAGAGAUUAAAAAAUGCAUUUUAAUUUAGUUUAUUAAAACGUGUCUUUUAUGCAAAACUGACGUUACUGAAUGAUUUGUGCAAACACUGUUUUUUUUAAGUGGGUUUGUAUGAGUCACAUGUCUUCAGUGGAUGCCAUUCAGCACUACCCCUUUAAUGAGAAACCCCUGGUAGAGGGAAGGACGCUACGCCAACUCUGGCAUGUGAUUUAGCUAAUUUGGAAAGACUCUGACCCAGGUGCUCAUCCCGGUACACGCUCUACUGGGUAAUUUUUCAGCACUUUACUUUGCCACCAUCAUCCAGAGGCCCUUUUGUUUUCGCUGUAUUUGCAGACACAACACACAGACACGCUCCUCUACAUGCAGCGGGAGUCUAUAAUUCACAAGUACACUCAGUUUCUGCAUCCCAGUUUUGCAUCGAAACGCCUGAUAUGACCUGGUGGACACAGUAGUGUGUUCAGGGUUUAUUAUUUGAGCUCAGUCUAUUUGAGCAGCUCAUGCAGUGUAUUUUGAUAAGUAAACAUAUUGCAUGGACCAUGGGCUGUGUCAUUAUCUGAAAACAAAACAAUGAGAGCUGAACACUCUUUGAAGACUCUCCCUUAUUUGGCUUUUCUUUGGAUGGUUUUUCUUCCCGCUCUCUAGUUUGCUUCACUUUUUCUUUGCUUAGUGCCUUUUUUGUUUUACUCUGAAAAGUCCAAUUUAUAAAAGGUGUCUAGACCUGAAUUAUCCCUUAAAGGUCGAUUUUUGUUUUUCCUCUUGAAAUACUCAUGGCACGUCUUUCCAAUUACUCCUCAAGCAAGCUCCAGUAUACUGAUGCUCUUUGUCGCAGUUGCUCAAACAGAUCCUAUAGUGCCCUCAAUUUGCAUUACUGUUUAGAUUCAGCCCCCUGUGUAUAUACUAAGGCUGGGCACAUUGCUUCCCUAUCUGUUUCAUCAUCAAAUAGCCUGUCAAGAUGAACCAGUCACUGGUUAAAGUGAGGCGCCAGGAAGCGGAUUAGAAAUGUUCCCAGAAGACCCACCAAGUGUUAAAAAGGGCGGCUUUAUUCACGGCUGCUUUCAGCUGAAGACACAGCUGGACUGGUUUCACCAAUGAUGCAACUUUUAGAGGGCACUUCCAGCGUGUUGCUUGUAGGACAAGAUGCACAAUUUCUCUGAUGUACGUCUCAAUGGAGAGGUUUGAAAGUUGACUUCCCUUUUUUUCUGCUACUGAAGAAAAUUCUAGAUCGGGUAUCAUGACAAUGAGCCCGAUGCAUAGAGGCCAAUCUAUUCUGUCUAACUCUAUGCUACGCGAGUGGUAUCUAUGAGUAAACAGGCUGAGCGGAUGCCCAAAUUGUUUUUAAAAUGGAGCGAGCAAAGGGCCCUGCUAUCUUUAUCACAAUACCUUAGCCUACAAGCUCAACGGUCACUUGCAAUACCUGCGCAGUAAACGUUCACAGAGGCAGUGGUAAAACCUCAGGUUACGGCUUUUCUGUGUCAGAAUUAGAUCGGUAUUGGUCGAUACUAAACUGUAGAUAUCUGUAUCGUAUCGGAGGUGAAAAAAGGGAAUUGGUGCAUCCAGACUAUCAACUUUAAAACUGUUAUUUGGACAUGAAAACCUGCUGUUACAGUGGUCCUGCAGGACAAAACUGAGUUAAUGUAACUGUGAUUUGCAUCUGUUUUAUUUUCUUGUCACCUUUUCCGAGGUAAAAGGCAAAAAAAGUUUGAGCAAGAAGAUUAAAUAAUCGUGUAAACAUGUAUACAUGGUCAGCAAAUAUACAUGGACAUGCAUGAACAUGCUUGGUUAUGCAAAUAAAAGAAGAAAUUGAGCGAAUGAUUAGCAAAUAAACUUUAUUGGAGUAGACACGCUUAGGCGACCCGCUCUAGUGCACACUUAUGCUGCGUUCAAGUUACCUCGGAAAUUGGAUGUCGGAGCUGGGAAUGAUGUUACAUCCGAGUUGACGGCGUUCCAGUUAAGAAGUCGGAAAAUCAAGAUGGACGCCUGCAGUUACCCGUUGUUAGCUGUUGUUUACAAUUGUUGUUAGUUGUUGUUAGCUAUACCAGUUGUAAACGAUGCAUAACACGGUAUUUUACUCUUACAAACACCAUCGCACCGUGUUCACAGUUAGACAUUGGGCAGUACAACAUAUACCACUUAUUUAAUUUCACAAAAACAAAACAGAAGUGCUCAUAAAUAAUACAUUACGAGAGCUUUCACUGUUAGUCUUUACUGUUGAUGCACUGUGCUGUCAGCUCGGAAUAUGACGUUGUCGUCAAGUCGGGGUUGGUGGUGUCAAAGUCGGCUCCAGUGGGGCGUUACAAGUGAAUUUCCGACUCGGAGCUUAGAAAUUCUGACUUCUGAGUACAACUGGAACGCAGUAUUACUGAUCAAAGAUGACGAUCGUAAACAGAUAAAAUAAAAGAAAAAUUGGGGGGGCGUAAACAUGCGUGGGUGACCUGCUCGAGUGCACACUAUGUCAACGAUAGUAGAUCAGGGCGAUAAACAGACAAAAUAAAAUAGAGGCAAAUGUGUAAAUGAUCUGCAAAUAUACUCGACUGGAGUUGAAAUGCUAGGGUGGCUCACUAAAGUACACACUUAUUGAUCAAAAAUGGAAAUGAAAGAAGUCCUCUUGCAGCUGUACUGAGUCAACCAUGUUAGAAAGCAUGUACUGCCUUCAUGAUCAUUGUUCUUGUGUAAAUCCACGACUUUGACUACUAAACACGAAAUAUAAUUUAAAACUAAUCAACGAAUAUUGAUGAAGCAUCUUCAUAUAAAAAACAAUAUCAAUCAAACCUCCCCUGGGUGUCUGAUUUGAGCUUCCCAUGAGCGAGGCCCUCAAUCACCCUGGACCGAUCAAUACAGCGGAUCAUUGAGUCUAUCUUCAGCCAUUGAUCGUGUCAAACUCCCUCAGCAAACUCUUCUACAUAUGAGACACAUAAUACACCAUUUAUCCCCAUUUCCAUUCAUUCAUCCAGCAGAUAACUAUGAAUCACAGCCCCUGGACUCUUUCAGCGACAGUAAUGAGAUCGAUGCUGUAAUAUUCUGGGAUGUGUGUUUGUGUCUUCAGUCAAAUUCAUGUACCCACGUUUGUUUUCAUUGGCUGGUCUAUGAUGCAAUUACGAACCAUCUACCAGCUGAGUUUUUCAGUCCAACCCAUCAGCCUGAGGUGAAGUUUUGACGCUUGGACAAAACUUGAGCGCAACUGGCUUCAGGAGCAUCUGGCAUCUCCAACGCUUGUAUUCCUUUUGAAAUGUCAUUACGCUCCUGUAGGGCAACACUCAGCUGAACACUCAAAGAAUUAGGUGUAAGCUAAGACUCAAGCAAGCAUAUUCAGCAGAGGAAUGAAAAUCUCACCCUCAGGUUGGGCAACGCUGCUAUACUUUCGAUUUCAGACUCCGCAGCUUUGUUCACAAGCCAGUUAUCAAGCGGUGUUCGCCCGACUCGGCUGUAAUGAGCAAGAAAAAGGAUUAGAGCUCAUUUUUUUGAAUCCCCAGAAGAGAGAGUAAAGCACAGAGGGGAGAUGUGGGCAUUUAGUUGGUUUGUUGACCAGUAAUUAGCCGAGCCGCUCAAUGCUAGAAAAUGUCAGGGACUGAAGCUUGGAUCGGUGCAGCCGGUGAAUAAAAGUGCAAGAAUAAUCACCGAGAGAUUUGGUAGCAUUGGAUGCAGGUUCAGGUUGUGGUUGAGGGUUUAUUAUCUCGAAAACUCUUGCAUAAAACAAACAAAAAAAGAAAAAAAUAACCCGUCUAGAAAAUAAUACAGAGUUCAAAAGAUCUCAGAGUUUACCCCUGCUGGUAUUGAACAGAUGGUCAAGCAGACCUGGACUGGAAUUACAAGUAGGCUGAUAAAUUUGUGCCAAGUCUCCGCAAACAUGAAUCUUAUGCUUUAGAGAAGAAGAACAUUAGUCCACUCUGAAUCUCUUUAAGCCGUCCACGUAUGUACAACUCUAUCGUCAAUUUAAAUCACGGCAGUGUAAGUGCUGCACGUCACCUGGGAGCGCACUUCCUCUCAGAUUGACUGUUAUCAGGGUUAGUCUGUAAAAAACCUGCAGCUCCAGUGAAGCCUGAGAUUCACAAUCUUGUGCACGCUGAUAAAUGCACAUAUAUAUAUGUAUGCACGGUGGUUCCAAUUUGGCUAGAGGGGCAUAGAUAAGCCCUGACUCCUACAGGGGCUUUCAUCGUGGUCAUUGGGGGAGAUGACUCUAUAAUGUCUGUUUUCCCAGCUCGAGAAUACACCCUUCUGUCAUACAUGGCACCUUCUCAGAUGAGGCCUUUUAAAACAACGCUUUAACCUCUUAAUUUUAGCUAAAAUCACACAGCAGACGGUUGGUUUUUGCCUCAUUCCUGCUGUUUCUGUUUGCCCUGUGAAGCAUUUUACAUUUUUUUUUACUAAAUACAUGUCCUUUCUUGGUUUUUCAGCUCCUCUGUUUGUUGUUCUUCUGAGUAUUUUGUCUCCUUGAAGAAGAAGGGAAAAAAAAAAACAAUCCUCACUCUCUAGUUCCCACAAUCAUUCCAGGCCAGAGCUGUGGCUUCAAGCAUCACACCCCCUCCUGGACGUUAUUCGGUCAUCCUCGCUGCCGUAGAACUUGAAAAAGACGUGUGGGAGUGUAAAACUUAUUGUGCUAGACUCCUGAAACGCUGGUCGAAAUACUGCUAGGAUCUGAGUGUGCUAUUCGUAUCAACCGCCCACCUCCCUCUGCUUCACCACAGCUUUUUGGUGGAUAUUUCGGUUGAUUGGUAGUGUGCAGAGGUCACGGCCAAUCAGGUUAUCAUGUCAGCUCCAGUCUGAGAUUUAGAGGACGGCUUUUCAUCCUGUUCCAAGUCCUGUGAUGUUGUUAACAGCAUAGAUAGGAAUAGUAGAUACGAAAUGCCCUUUUGAGAUGUCUGCCUACCGUGAGGGUAAGCUAGUGGGGGCAAUGAAAAUAAAUAUCAUGCACAUUUCUCAACUGAUUUUCAUGCGAUUUACUUUAUCGUCGACGCCAGGAGCAUUUGAUUAAAAAACAAAACAAAAACAAACAAGGGGUAAACUGCACAAAAUUAUUUAUUGUCCAUGUACGCCUAGUGCCUUUAAUGGGAACGUUGCCCCCACCAAGAUGGCUGCCACGUAGGCACGUCACUUAGUAGGCUGCUACAGUGCGCUGCUACAGCACACUGGCGUUUCUAGUCUUUUAUAUAUAUAAAUUUAGAUAGCUCUGUGGUUAAAAGUCUCUGUUCAAGCUGUUAACUAUGGUGUCUUGAAAGGGACAAAACAAAAGUGCUCUAAUUUUUGACCUUCAGUGUGUUAAGAUGGAAAUAUUUAGCGAUAUCUUACCAGGUGCUACACUGAAAUACUCCCUUGCUCACCCCUUCUCUGAAUUUUUUACGGUUUUGUUUAUGACCUGUUUCCUAGCAACACAUUCUUGCUUAUCAGUUUGAAUGAUCUUAAUAGAUUUUGUUUAAAUUAAAGCUCCUGUAUUUUGACCAAAAAUCUCAUCCUGCUGACUAGACCUGGCAGUGGUCGUAAUUACAAAAGUGGACUUUUUCUUUAGCUGCUUCAUUGACAGCCAGGCAUAAAAAAAUUACAAUAUUUAAAUUGUAAAUCUUGCCCAUAGUGGUCUCGUUUGCUUUUGGAUAUCAGGAAAUGCCGUUGAUAUAAUUUUUAGGCUAUUUUGUGUAUGUCAAAAAAAAACUCCUUAUAGUAGCUUUAAUUAAUUUUGCCCUCUUAACUUGAAUGUUUAGAGGAUUUUUAAAGUGAAACAUGGUGGUUAUUUUAUGGUUUCAGUAGGAAACAGGGAGACACUGCAGCAGCUCAACUAUGGUAUGGGAGAAGGGACAAAAUAAGCAUAUUUAUUUUAGGCCUUAAAGGUAUUCAUGCUGAAGAUACAGCUAUCCACACUUCCUCUUCCUGCCAAACUUUUUUGGCUGUGAUUGUGCGGUCGUGAUUGUCUGUUUUGCUGUAGUGGGAAGCCAAAAUGGAAAUUGUAAUUUGAUUUAUCCUUAAAUUUUAUUAGUAGAAUGAAGAUAUACGAGAGAAGUAUAAUCUUUGUGGUUUAGUCAAGGGUUAAAAACGGCUGCUACUGUACAAUAAAUGUCAUGAAUCAGCUGGCAAACUGAGAUAAAACUCAGAGUAUUGUAUGCAUUAAUCUCCUAAAUCUCAUGUAGUAUGUUUGCCUCAUGCUCCUGCAAACCUCGCCGUGUAAUAGACCCUGCGCUAAACCAUCAGAUUGAAAGACUGUGCCGAUGACCGUAGAACUGGUCCCUCGAUAUCUAAGCAUCUCUCAUUCCACUCAGUCUGUAGCUUUAUGAAUCGUCUCAUCUGCUUUUAUGUUGGUUUGGCAGCAAUCAGAAGAAUUAGCCUUUUCACAAGGAGUUGUAAUGGUUGUAAUAAUGCAAAGCUUUUUUUUUCAUGUCUCAAGAAGAGGGAGAAGCAGUUAGACAUCUUUUUGCUACAAGAACGAGCUUUUGUUGUGGAGUAUUGUUUCAAGUCGGCUGCUUUGUUCUGUUGGCGCAGGAAUAAGAUCCCCUAUCUUACUCCAUAUCAAACCUCCUUUUCUUCUAGUUUCAAACCUCGAAAUUCCUCUCUUAAUCGUUUUCACUCAAUCCCUCAUCUGUUACAAAGCUUUUCACAACAGAGAGGAACAAAGAUGGUAUCUCCGGCUUGCAGAGGACGCCAUCACCACCAAAGGCUGUUUCCAGAGAGGACAGACUGUUCUCGUUAAAGCCGCAGAGCUGCCCAGCGCUCAGUAUGGUUCCUGUAGAUUGACUUGCACCAUGGUAAUAGUCGAAUGCAUAAUGACUUCCCUCCAUGAAUGAUAAUGCAAAGCUGUUUUCGCAAGACAUGUGGAGGAACAAUGAAUGGGGAUUAAUGUGACAGGGAAACACCGGGUUCAAGAUGUUCGUUAUUGCAGCUACAGGGGAUCAAUGUGGUGAAUUAAUCCCUGUGAGGCUUCUUUAGCUGCUAGCAUCACACAAGUAUGGAUUUAUUACUGCUAUUUGUCUCACCUGGCUCACUCUUAGAUCACAGGCUUUGCAGGGACUGAGCUAGCUCCCCCAUCUGCAGGUUUUGCAUAUUCAUACAUGCAAAUUGGAUUUUCUAGGAAGGCAUUUAACCCGUGUCCAACCCUACAGAGACACUGUCCUCUGUAAGGCACAUGGGCGCUUUUACAUAUGCAAUUUUCUAAUGGCCUUUUAGUGUUACUGUAUAGUUUAAUUGUUGGGAUAGGACAAUUAAUAUGUCGGGCAGAUUAAUCAGGUCGAUUGAUGACGUUUUGAAGUAAUGGGUGUUGUUGAUGUGAAUGCAUAUGAGGCUGAUUAAAAAAGCUAAACAAUGUCUGCAGACACUCGUCAGAGCGGCCUCUUUUCACUUGAUCGAUGGUUUAUGAGCAGGCGCUGCAACGGGAGUGAAUUAAGUAGUUAUUUUUUAUGUCUGUUUUCAGUUUGAUUGGCUAUUUGGCUUGAAACCGAGUCUGUCGACAAACAUAAUACAAAUGAUGAAGGACUGUUUCUGCUUGGCAUUUCUGGCUCGGUUUUAUCUCUUACGUCUUUUCCCAUCCUGAAUGACCAAAACAGUUAUUGGCUAAUUAUAAAUUCUGUGAUUUAAAGAUGUUUUAAUAACGCCAGAACUAUAAGAAAUCACAUCCUGAGUCUACGUCUCUUCUCUGUCCUGCAGGAAUCUCCGUCAGCAUCUCCACCUUCAGCCUCGUGGCCAUCGCCAUCGAGAGAUACAGCGCUAUCUGCAACCCUCUGAAGUCCCGGUCUUGGCAGACGAGAUCGCACGCCUACCGCGUCAUCACCGCCACGUGGAUGGUCUCGCUGCUAAUCAUGGUGCCCUACCCGGUGUUCAGUAACCUCAGGACUUUCCCCAAGGGCAACGGCACUGUUGGCCACAUGUGUCGGCUUAGUUGGCCCACCCAGCAAGCUGAGCAGACCUGGUGAGUCACACCUUCUGGAGGUAAACGCAAAGUUGUAAACUCUUACCUAAAAGGGAUUUUGAUUGUUUUGCAGAUCAUUCAAGCUGUAAAUUUAACUGCAAAAUACUUGCUUGUUUUAUGUUUUCUUUGCACCAUUUUUACUCUAAUAUAGCGUGGAGCGAACUGUAAAAUCUGGAGUGUGCUUACAAAUGGACAAAAAAUGCUAGUAAGGCAUUUCUGAUAACAAGCGCUUCAUCAGCUCAUCAGGGAAUCACCUGAUCUGAUCUUUAUGAGGAGAGGAGUACCGUGUCAUUACGGCACAAAGGCCUUCCAGCUGUUUGAAAGCAAUGAGGGAGUCCACACUGACUGAAGCACUAAAAUGAAACACUGUAAAGCCGGCCCAUGCAAUAAUAAUAAUCUGGAGAUAAGCCUCUAUAUCUCCAACUGGAAUGACUUUGUAAAAGAUAAACAGACUGAGAUAAUGAAUCUCAUUUUCUGUGCUUGGCUUUGGUUUAAAAUAUGCAGAUAUGUCCUGAUGUGCGUUUUCUGUGAUUGUGUUAUUUCAGAUUCAUUUCUAUGAUAAGCAGGACAAACUUUGUCUUUGGGACAAUAUAAUUCGAUUUUUUACUUCUUAGUACUCACUCUGAAAAAUGCUGUUUUAAUUCCCUCUGUAAAACUUUUACUGCUUUGUCAUUUUCAGAGCAGUAAACUCCAUCAGCAUCUUUUCUAAAUGAGCUAUUUAAUCUAUAUCAGCAUCUUUAGGGAGAGCUGGGAUACAGUAAUGUAAACCAGCAAAAGUGUCUGUCACAGCAGAGGAAGGAGGUCCACAUGAGGCCAAACUUUGGUUGACUUUCUGCUUCACAGAGUCUGGAUUUUUAGCGUCAUGUUGCAGGAGGCUGCUAGAAACUGUCCUUGUGAUUAAAUCGAGCAAAUUUCCUUUUUUAACACUUCAAAUUUUGACUUUGGACAGAAAACAAAUUAGCAUAAAGAUCAUUUUGCAGAUCUCAUGUGUAAAGCCAGGGUUUAGACAUCACUUCCUUCUUUUUAAAACUGGAGCACCCCAGGGCAGUGUUCUUAGCCCCCUGAAGGACUCAAUUUAUACAUUCAAAAUAGUAUCCAGUGUCCCUGAGACAUCAUAAAAGUAAUCCAUUUCAAGAAUAUUGAGAAAAGUUAGCAAUAUGAUACACACUGAAUAUGAUAAAUGACUGAAUAAUGCUGCAUUUUGCUGGUAGAAAUGGUUCCCACUGUCACAGUCUAGGGCAGGGGUGGGCAAUUAUGUGCCAUGGAGAGCCGAGAGGCUGCAGGUUUUCUUUCCAACCCGAAACUCCACCAGGUGAUUUCACUGAUUAGUCUCUGCUCUCUGCUUGGAGGUAAGGUAAUCAGUGAAAUCACCUGGUGGAGUUUCGGGUUGGAAAGAAAACCUGCAGCCUCUCGGCUCUCCAUGGCACAUAAUUGCCCACCCCGGUCUAGGGGUUAAACAAGAGGAAAAGGACCCAAAUGCAGAAUAAAGGAUUUAUUUAAAAAGAACUAAAUGAAAAAAAACAACAAAUACUGUCUUCAAAAUGGAUUGGAUCCACACAUCAACUAAGACUGACACAUACUAACAGACAAACACACACACAAUGAACCAACAAGAGCAAGGGCAGACAGGGACUGUAUAUAUACACACUCUGGGUAACGAGCAACAGGUGAGGCUAACGAGACACAGGUGAAACUCGUUAGUGAUUAACAAAGGAGGGAAAACUAGGGAAUGAACAACCAGACUAAAACAGAAGGAAUCAACUACUACAAAAUAAAACAGUAAACACUGAAAACUGAUCAAAAGAAUAAAACACUAAGUAAUAAUAAUAAUAAUAAUAAUAACUUUAUUUAUACAGCCCCUUUAAAAACAGAAGUUUACAAAGUGCUUAGAACAGGAGGGAAACACGGUUAAACACAAACAGAAAAAUCACAAGACAGGAUCACAGAAACAAACAAAGCGGAUAAACUCACAAAAUGACAAAACCAGGGGAAAAUUAGACUAACAGAAAAUAUCAUAUUUGUGGGGUGACCUUGUCUGGAGGAUCUGAGCUAAUUAUGAGAGUAUUUGUAAUUAAAUUGCUCAGUCUAAGUGAAGCCGCACACUUUUCUGUUUUGUGUUAACAAUAAAAAAUGGUGAUGAAAAAUAAUAGCUAUGAUAUGCCUUGAACUUAUUUAGUCCACUAAUAUUGGUGUUAAAGUCCUCAUAUGUUUUACAUGCUGAACAUCUGUACUUGCAAUACAGCACUUUUUUAUCUUAGGCUGCCCUGAACUUAUCACUCCGAGACGGUGAAAGACUAUCAACAAAGUGUUCAUUUUGCAACAAACACUAUAUGCAACAAAUAUAUUUUACAGCUUAAACCGACCUGAAUCAUCCCAAAUUGUCAAGUAAAAGUUUCAAUCCAGUGUCUGUGAGGCUCAGCAGAAACACAGGACAGUCUUUGGUUGUCUGGAAACUUUGGACAAAUAUAGUGAUCGGAUUCAUGAAUGAAUGUGGACCAUCAAACUACAGGAGAUUCCCAGGAGAAAUGACAAUACGGGAGGUGGGCGUGGUCUGAGAUACUGGAGAGUCCCGGAAAAAGAGGAGUGUUGGCAGGAAUGAGACAAAAACAGCUGUUAAAAGUGACUGACAGCUCCAAUGAUGAUCACAGAAAACCAACACUUAACCAGAGGACAGAGCGCCUUUAUUUCUCUCCUCCCCUUCCUUUCAUUUCAUUUCUCUGCAUCUCUCCAUGCAUCUCUGUCGAGAGGGACAAGGACACAAGUGGGGGAUGAAAAAGUGGCACUUAACAGCCGUGGGAUUUAGCCCGAAAGUUCAGCAAAAACUCAACUUCAAACUGUUUUUGUCUCGAAAUUUCACUCUUUAAAGCGGGGGAGGGCAGAGCUGAGUAUUUUUCUCAGCUCUGCGAUGAACUUGGAGAAGGGGUAAAAAGUAGCUAAUGAUGGAGGAAAGUCUCCUAAAAGUCGUGUCAUGUCUAUUGAACCUCUAGGUUGAAACUUGAAAGGUGGUUAUAGAGAUGGUGCCUGGAAAAAGAAUGAAAUCAUUAUAAGCGAGACAGCCUUAAGUUUUAAAAGGUGCCCUGGCAGCUCUUAUCGAGGCAUUAUUAGAGACAGUCUGAAAUGGAACCGUUUUCCAGCGAAGCGGAGGUCAUACUGGAAUACAAGGGGAGCUGGGACUACAUCAUUAGACAGAGAUAGUGUGGAUAAUGCGCCUGCCCUUUGUGCCUGUAUUGGUGUUUUUCGAGGAUGCACUUCACCAUUUUGUCGUCAUUUCCAAUUAACAUGAUAGUUUCUCUGCUCCUGACUGCGGGAGCUGAAAAGAUGGAGGAGAAGAGCUUAGAAAGGUCAAGAGAGAAACGAUUGCUGCCGUACUUCAGAUUGCUCAAUGUUUGGGAAGUUAUCCAUCUGUCUUCACUCCCUCUAAGGACCAAUAAACGCGGCUUUGUUGUUAGAAAGUGGUCGGAUAAGCAGCUGAGAUUUUUCUGUAAACAACUUUGCAUUCUGGAGGGAAGAGGAAUUAAAACGUAGAAGUGUCUGACAUGACAAAAGCGUGUUCGUUUCAUGAUUUGACAGCCUUUUGCGGCUAACACUGAAGAAUUCCCUUUUCUCUGACUGUCUAUCAAAGUGUAAAGCUUCUCAGUGAAAGAGGAGGCAGUGGGAGACCAGUUAAUUAGUCUGCUCAGUGAGGGGGAGAAGAAGGAAGAAGAGGAGGAGGAGGAGGAGAGUCGAGGCCGAAAUGUCAAAAGUCCAUGAUGUGUCAUGAAGUGUGAUGUCCUCUGAAGUUUUAAUUCCCCAGUUUCUCCUUCACCAUCUUUUAAAUCACACCCAGGUUAGGGGUUAAAACACCUUUUUUAUCUACUUCUGGGAAAAAAGGAAAAUGCCGCUCUUUUCUCCAAGUAAUGAAGCAAGACAUGAAGUUAUCGAAGCAAAUGAUAUGAAGACAGGGAAGCUCCAUUAAGACUGAAAAGGACCAUUUUGUUGAGUAGAAGAUAACUUCAGAGAGUGGAUACGACUCAGAGUCACGAAAAAUGGGGAUGCUGUGUAAAAUACGGAUAGAAACAGGGUGUUUCCAAAUCAUCUCAAACCUACUUCUAAUUAAAAACAGAGUAAGACAACAUAUCCAAAUGAGAACUUUUGCUCAUUUGGGAAAAAAGUUGUGCAGGAACAUCUCAAGAAUUUGGGUAUUUCAAUGUUUAUAACUCAAAAUAUUAUUUAAAUACCAAGAAUCUGGAGAAACCUCUGCAUAAAAAGACCAAGGUGGAAAAAACUGUUGUAAUCUGCUCUGAAAAGCACAAAAACAGAUAUGACUCUGUAGUAGAACUCACCACAUGGGCUCAAAAUCACAGAUAAAUUGAAUCCAGAGAUGCAGGUGAUUUCUCUAAGGCCCUCCUCACAUGAGGAUGGCCCCGCAUUGUCUUGUUGCUGUUCUAAAUGUUGGUAUAAAAGUCGUAGCAAUAUUUGUAGUUGCUGGAACAACAACAAAAUCACCCCAGCUACCGCCAUUGUUGUUGUUGCUGUGUGUGUGACAACGUGGGUUGGGGGGCGGGGAGGAGGAGGGGUGCUGUGAGGUCACCGUCUUUUCCGGACUUGUAUAUUUAUACCAACUACGGCAUGAAGACGAAUACCCAGAUGUCCACCUGCAGACCCGUUUUCAAAAAAGAUGCGAAGUCAUGGACAAAUAUGCGUCUCCGUGUGUCAAUAUUAGUGAUGCACGAUAUGAAAAAUUUCAACCGAUACCGAUAACCGAUAAUUUUCUUCUUCUCAUGGCCGAUACCGAUACCGAUAACCGAUAAAUUCAUAUUUUUACAUUUAUUAUAAUCUUCAUAUAAUCUGCAAUUUGAGCAGGAUGCAGCGAUUGAAAACUGAUGUUUUUGUUGCUCUGGCCUAUCUAGAACAACAAACAAAAGUUUUUGGCUCUUCAAAUGUGGUCAUUUGCUAUAAAUAACAAUAACAGAGCAAAAAGCAGAGCUUCAUUUGAUCCCCUGAACUGUAAACUGUAAAGGAGCUAUUAUGAGACGUUAGGCUUAGCAUGCUGACCGGACUAACAUCUGACGUCCAUAUGUCUGUGGUAAAACUCACGUGUAGUCCGUUCUUGUCGAUCAGGUUGUGAAUGUAUGUGGCGACAAUAUCAUAGAGUGCAGGAAGAGACACAUCCGAGAAGAAGCGGCGGCUUGGGAGAGUGUAACGUGGCUCCAAGUGUGCUAUUAACUUACGUAAACCCGGGUUCUCAACGACGGAAAAAGGCUGGUCGUCGACCGCUUUGAAUUCCAUCACUUUGUCGUUCAUGGCUUUAGCCUUUUCGCUGUCUCUUGAGAAGCUUUUGCAGUUUUUAAACGCCUGCUGAAUGGGGACAUCGAUCCUCCGUAGUGUUGUUGUCUUAGCUUUAGUACCGCUAGCAGCUUCGGCGGCUGUCUCAUAGUCCUUUAAUACCGCUUCGCCACGAUGGCGACUUUUCAGAUGAGCUAUCAGAUUCGUUGUGUUAAAACUUGACGUCUUCUUUCCUCCUCUCGGAAUCCUCGCUGAACAGGUUUUGCAUAUAGCAAUGCUGUUGUCAUCUUCUGCCACUGAGAGAAACGACCAUGCUGGUGAAGACAUUUUAUUAUCUGUCAGGUAGUGACGGGGUCAGGCUUGGGACCUGCGAGUAAGGCGCGAUAGAUGACGUAUCCAGCGCGUCUCGGACGGGCGGCUACUCCGCCUGCAAAAGUUACUCGUAAUUUCAUUAAUAUAUCGGAUCUUUCUAUCGGAAAAAUGCACCUAUCGGACCGAUAAAAAAUGACGUAAUUUUCCCCCAAAUCGUCCGAUAUUUUAUCGGUCCGAUAAAUAUCGUGCAUCCCUAGUCAAUAUCACCAGAUCGAUAGUUUAUUUUACCGGUGUCUUACAAAUUCGUACUCGUGUAAAGACCACCUAAGGCUUGAGCUCAUUAAAGAUGGACCGAGGAAAGUGGAAAACUGUCUGAGAGUUUCUUAUACGUCUACUAAAGCGCAGAUAGCAGGAAAGUUCAAUUUCGUCUGCGAGACUGCUGUAAGACGUUGAAUAUUUAAUCAGAAUUCAGAUCGAGAAAAACCACAGCCUGAAACAAACGGACCCUCCAGUGAGCUCUGAUAAAAUUUGUACAAUUCAAUAAAAGUAUUUUAUGAUGUUAAUAUCAUUUUAUGACGAUCUCUGUCUUAAUCUAAAACUGCUUUUGUCCUCCCACAGGAAUUAAGGUAGCUGAAAUGAACCCACAGAGACAAAAUCUGGAUUCAGAUUUGACAGUUAAUUGCUUCGAGUUCAAUUAAUAGACAGUAACUUUGGAAAAAGACAUUUUUAUGAAAUCCUUUCUAAAAUAAGGAAACACAGAUAUGUUAAGUAAAUCUACCUUGAGUCUGGAGGACUUCUCGAACGCCAUUCAGACCACCUGCAGGGAACGUAAAUGUCAGAUGUUGUUGCCCUCCAUCUGAAAGUGCUGAGUCAUUUUAAUCAAAAUGCAAAUGCAGUGAAAGGCAGAGGAUCUUCAGAAGCAGUCGGAGAUAUACGCUGGGUCUACAUUCGGCAAAGCCUAAGCUUAGCAUGCUUCAAGAUUUUAAUUAUGAUUAGAAAUAUGGUGCGCCACGAUCAUAAAAGACUGAAGGAAGCGGGUGUGUUUAUGUGUGUGUCUGAAAAGCAAAGGGACAGACUGAGCUCCAUUUUGGCAAUCAAAAGUGCGAAACAUUGCUUUAAUUUAUGAUAAAAUACCAGCUCAGGUUUAAAAGGCGAGCUUGAAAGACUGGAUGAUUUGUUUUUUAGAGUUUUCCUGGUUGAUAAUCAUGAAGCAUUCAGGUGACGUUGGAGCGUUUUAAAAGAGCGAGCCGUGAAUAUUCAUGUUUUUCCACCACGUGUCCUCCUACCUCGGCUCUGAUUCACCUGGGUCUCCCUCCCCGUCAGUGUGCUCCUUCGCUCUUCUAUCUACUUCCCGACACCUUUUGUCUGGCAGGUUUUCCACGCCAUCAAACAGUCGGCGUGAUGAGAAGCUGUGACUGAAGCCUUUUUUAAAAAAAAACGUGUGAACAGAAGAGCAGGCUGUGCAGAGUUCAGAGGAGAGCCCAGGGAAGACAUUAGAAUAUCAGAGAUUGAAUGAAACCCCGGCCUCUUCCUGUCUAACGCCGCUUUCAAAAGCACGCCCUGAUCGAAUAAAAAUGGAGAUGAAGCACAGAUUGUAAAGAUUUACAGCGAUCAAAGUGGCAGCUGUUUUCUAAAAUCUUAUUUAUUCCUUCUUUUUUGUUUACAGCUUCAAAACAAAAGCCUGCUUCCUCGUUUUUGUAUCCGCAUGUCGUUCAUUUCGCCCCGGACAGCCUCUACUUUCAUCUAAUCCUGAGUGGGUCUACAUCCAUCUUACUUUUGACACAUUAAAACAAAGUUGCACAGAGUUCAAAGUCUUAAAGAGACUGUAUGCAAAGUGCUUUCUGCGGCGGGAUACAGACGCGAAGAGCCCCAGAGCUCUUUGAGUUUCAUACCCUGUUUAAACAUCUCUCAGUGUUUUCUUUUCUUUUUUCUUGCUCCUUUCAGUUCCCCCCACUUUCUUCUUUGAGGUGUCAUCACUCCAGGCACUCCGGCAAAGCCAUUAUCGUUGUUCUCUCUGCUCGAGAAAAAUGGAUCUCUUAUGAUCAAAAAAAGAAAAAAAGAAACAGCCGGGCACACAGCCUGGAGGCGCAGAAAAUGUCUUGCAAUUGUCACAUUAUAGCAUAUUUAACCACCUUUAUUUGACAGAAUAUGGAGGGAAAAUUGCGCUCCUGUCUGGCGGCUUAUGUAAAGCCGUGCGUGCCUGUCUGGUAUGCAGGUGUGUAUCUAAGGCCUCCUUGUUACCAUAUGACAGCGUCAAGAGUAAAUUUGCACAAUUCCUGUGUAAACUGUCAAUACGUUAACAGAGUGAUUUCAAAAGGUCACGUUGAAAACACUCCAUAGGUUGAGAAGUGUGGCUGCAACAACAGCGGCAGUGAUCCGACUGGUUCUGCGGGUUCACCCAUCUGUAGAGUCUGUUAGAGCUCCUGUGAAACAGACGGACUGAUCCAGAGCUUGUAAACACUCAGUACGAUUACGUGACACUUGAGAAAACAGAAUUAUUGCCUUACUCCGAUUAAGACCGGACAACUGAAAUGCAUGUAAACAUCUUAGUCCGACUAUAAUCAGAGUUUCAUGACACCCAGAUAAUGCGAUUGUAAUUCUGUUUUCUGUACCAUGUAACCAGUGUAGUGGGAGUCUGAUAGGACAAUGCAAGUGCGUGUGCGGCACGCCCCCGUAACCCCAGAACAAAAACACCAGAGAACAGCAGUAGCGUGCACCUCGUCUGCAGAAAAAGUAGCGUGUACAUCAUGUACGACAAAAACAACGCCGUACGAUGCUCAAUCUUCUUGUUCGAAAAUGCCCAGCAGCAGUUGUAGCCACUUCUGACGUCUGGCACGACCCUGAUGUUGUUGUACGGGGUCAACCGGAAACAGCACGCUGAAAAUACCUAUAUCUCCCCCUAGUUUUGGGGAGGAGGACACGGUCACGCCAAUAAUUUGAUUUUCUCAGCUACAUGUGUACGUGGACAAGGAGAGAAGUCCAAUUUGGUGAAAAAAAAUGAAUUAUGAGCUUAGUCCGAUUGAGCUUGAGGGUUAGGCUGCUAUAAGGAACUCUAGUUUGUGUCGAUUUUGGCGCCCCCUAUGGACAAAGUAGUUUUGGCUGACAUCUACCUCCUAAAUAAAACUUAAAGGUGAGGUAGGCAGGAUCUGAGGAAGUGCCAGUUUAUAGGAGAAAUCUUGAAUGUAAACUCUACCCCUCCCAACCAGUUUUCCCCACUUGGCUUACUUUGUUAAAUCGGUUUACCUGUGUAGCAGAAAGGUUACAGGGUCCGGAAGAUCCCGAAGCGUCUCCCAUCACUUCUAGCUAGCUUCAUUGAUUAUGACCCGGCUUUUUAGCUCUUGCCUUGGUGGUCUACCUCCUUUUUAAGCGCCCGUUAUUCCGCCAGAGUCUCUGGUAUUUACUUGGUUUUCUUGCUUGUUGGCAGUCGUGGCUAAAGGAGGAUUCAGACAAUUUUCCGUUCCUUCUGGUUGGUUUCUACUGUCCAAUAUUGUAGCACGCUAACUUCGUUUGGCCUCAUGAGCAUCACUCGAGGACGUGGAGCGUGACUCAUAACCAAUCAGGUUGGGGAGGCGGAAAACGGCUUUGUUUACAGUCAGAAAGAGCGGGCUGUAGGCCUGUCGCGAUAAUCAAUAAAUCGCCUUAUCGCUCCGUAAAUGUAAACGAGGUCGGUCAUUUUGCCAGCCUCGAUAAUUGACGUGCGUUUGUUUUCCUCCUCUCUCGCUACCAAACACGCUGGAUGAGAGAAGAGGUCUCACUCUGCGCAUUGUUCUCGGCACCUGGGGGCGUUGGCUCUAUAGCGGAAUGAACGGAGUUAGUGAACCCUCCUGUCAGUCAUUCAGUGUCUUUGUCACGAGGGGGCUGGCGCGCACAGGCACACAGACUUUUGGAUACAGUGCUGCAAGUGAGCGUCGUGAGUGAAAAGCAAGCAAACAGAAUGAACACGACAGCUUUGGUGUCUAAACCGAACGCAACAGCCCAAGUGUGGGAAUAUUUCGGCUUUAAACCAGUUUUGUUUUCGUCAACCACAAAACUCCACGUGUGUGCACGCGCGCGUGUGUGUCUGUGUGUUGGAGGAGCACAGCAGGAUGAUGAGAGCUGUCAGAGCGGACUGAAGCUGCUCCUGUAUGUUUAGCGUUUAACUGACUGAGUUUUGCAACUCUGUUCAUGAUUUUCGUCUCGUCCCAUCAACGUAAACGCACUUUCCUCUCGUCACAUUUUAGUCAUCUCCGACUUACGAUUAGCUCGUCAACGUUACGUCUUCGUCGUGGGUGAAAUUAAAGUUUAUCACUUUUGACACGGUGUACUCGCAUUAUUAUGCCAUUUUUUAUCAUUAUCUAUAAUUUAAAAAACGGUGUCAAUAAUAUCGUUUAUCGGCAAUAAUUUGUAGCACAAUUAUCGUCCAGCAAAAUUUGUUAUCGUGACAGGCCUAGUGGGCUGCUCAAAAAUUUUUAAAUGUUGACUACACAGACAUAACGGAACACAGCGAUAUUGUGAUUUUGCCAAAUGUCAUCAAUAACUAAUACCUAUUGACUGAUAUUAAAAGCUUUUUGUACAUACACCACAAAAAAAGAUGCUUCUUUAAUGAAAUCCUGCCUACCCCACCUUUAAUAAAACUUGUCCUAGGAGCUUUCAAAUUCUGUUUUGACAUUUUCCACACAUCCACUCUUGGUAAUUAUUAUGACUGAUCACCAAUCCAACCAAACUUUAUAACUUUUUCAGCAGAAAACAAAGUGUUAGGAGUCGACCCCUCCGGCUCUUUGUACCCUGAUAGGUUGCUGAGUUUGACUGUUCGGGGUACAGCUGUAAGAAAACCUGCACUUGGACUGAAGCAAAUGUUGCAUCAGUAUAAAACUGCUGGCUGUAAAUUAGCUGACAGGAGCUGCUCCCCUGGACACCACUGGGGCAGAGAGGGCUGCUCGGAGGUUUGAACCAUCUGUAAGGUUCAAGAAGUUGUUAUUUAAUCUGCAGCUCGAGGAUCUGUUGUUUCCAGCAGCUCCUGAGGGCUGAAGCAGCUACGAUUUUUUUUUUUAUGAGUUGUUUUUGACCUCUUGUCUUUCCAUUCUGGCUGUUUUCAGGUAUGUGCUGCUGCUGUUCACUUUGUUCUUCAUCCCGGGAGUCGUGAUGAUUAUAGCCUACGGUCUAAUCUCCAGAGAGCUCUACCGAGGCAUGCAGUUCGAGAUGGGCCAGAACACAGAGAGCGCCGGUAAGAUUCGCUAGGAAUGAUUCAAAACUGCAAAGAGGUUUUUGCUCACAUUGAUUUGACUCCAAACAGAACAGAAGAAGCAGAGAAUCACAUUAAAAAGGCAGGAAACAGCAGAGUGUGUAAACAAAGUGCAACUUCUUAAAGAUGCAAAUGAGUGUUGUGAAGCAUAAGAGGGAAAUAAAUAUGUAACACGCCGGUGAGGGAGAAUCUGUUUGUUUUGCCCGUAGCGGAAGACGGCAUAUUUUGUUCCUACCUACCUACAGGUGCUGCACCUGCUACCUCCAAAACAAUAAAACACUUUCUCUGCUCAUCUUACAACUCAUUUAGAGUUUUAAACCCUAAAAAAAAUGAAAAAGUUUAAAGUAAAAAUGAGGUCCAUUCAGGUGGGUUAUAACUGCUGCUAUAACUAUGUGCAUGAGGCGCGCCAGUUUCCAUGGAUCCCAGUCUUGGCGUGAAUCAUCGAGGUCAAAAGGAUCUGAAAUAACCUUCAGUAGCAGCUGUAAAUCUCGACACACGGUGUUUUUAUCUGAAGGAUGGACUCGAAUCCUCAGUUAUCAGCUGGUGUUUUUGUUCCUUUAACCACUUUCCAAAGCCGGUUUCUUGUUAUUUAUCAUGGUGCCGUACUCUAACCUUUUGUUUUCCACAGCCUUGAGAUGCAUGUGACUUUUUCCUAUUAUCAUUACUCCUACCUGCUUUCCCCCCCGAGGGAUUAAUAAUGUGUGUUUGUUCCUGUGUGAACUUUAAAAACUAGCUUUUAUUCAUACUGCCCAUUUCAAGAACCCCUUCAAUAAUAUUUCCUCUUUCUGUAAAAAAAAACCAAAGUAUUCAAAGGAACAAAAAGUGUAAACAAACCAGACAGACAGCGAGGGAAAUUUGUUUUUGGAUGAUCUGGGCCUAACUUCUCUGAAUUUCAUGAUUCUGUCCAGCCCAGAAGAACGGCGUUGGAAGGCCGCUCACAGGCACCAACGAUGACGACGACGGCUGCUACAUCCAGGUGUCGAAAAAACCCUCCUCCUCCGUGGAGCUCCCCACCCUCUCCGCCUCAGCUGCAGCCAACCAAGCCAAGACCGAGCGCGCCCGGAGUAACACCUCAGAGGCCAAGCUGCAGGCCAAGCGGCGAGUCAUCCGCAUGCUGAUGGUGAUCGUGGCGCUCUUCUUCAUCUGCUGGAUGCCGCUCUACUCCGCCAACACCUGGAAGGCCUUUGACUUGAAGUCUGCCUCUAAGGCUCUCUCAGGAGCACCCAUCUCCUUCAUCCACCUGCUCUCCUACUCCUCCGCCUGCGUCAACCCCAUCAUUUACUGCUUCAUGAACAUGCGUUUCCGCAAGGCCCUACUCUCCACCUUCGCCUGCUGCUGCCGCAACCCCUUAUGCCGCCGGUGCUGCUGUUGCCGGAAGAAGGAGGCAGGGGAGGAUGGCAUGACCGGCGUCUCCAUGGCGACAUCGAUGGCCACCUCCAUGUCCAAGUUUAGCUACACCACCGUCAGCACCACCGGCAACUGCUGAGCCUCGAGGGGGGAUCCUGGACGGUCACAUCGGUGGCCGUCGGAGCGGCGGAUACCCCGUGCACCAUCUGCUUUUCCCAUUUCCUGAUUUUCACUCUUCAUCCUAAUGUGCCGUGAGUCAUGAGCUGAGUAAUCGCCCUGCCCUUCGUUUGUGAGGCCGUCUGAAAAGGUCUCCCUUCGUCUGUGUGCACGGCUGCAGAAUGUGAGGCUGGGAAAAAACAGCGUCGGUGACUUUUUUCUCCUCUUUCCUUUCAUUGGCGGCAUUCGCUUUGUUGCAUCCUGAAGAGAACAUCAAGUGCCUGUGCUUUUUGUGCAGCUUUGUGUUGUCCUGGUAGUUUUUUUCACCGGCUGAGAGACAUUUGAGUGAAAAACUACACAGAAAAUAUGACAAAGUACAUGUAAAUACUCACUGUGCCAAAGGUUAUUUAUGAGACAUACCAAGGAAUGAGGACAUACUGACUCAGUUUGGAUUUCUGCUUUUUUUAUUUAAUGUUGUUUCAUGUUUCAUUCAUUCAGGGCGUCUCUAUGUGUGUUCUUUCUACUGAAUAAGUUGCGCAUUGUCAGCUCUCACAUUCCUGAAACGGCUGAAUGCCAAGUAGUCAGCGUGUUUACACCAAAAAGAAUCAAAAGGGAUCCAGAGUUAGUCGAGUUUUUCUCCGGAUGAGCUCUGAUUUUGUGUUUCUGUCUGAUCGACAUCUGUUUCACCACUUCUGGUAUUUUACAACAACAUAAACGUUUUUGGGGGACAACAUCCUCCUUUGAUAACUUUUCACCCUUUUUUGCAGCACAACUGUGUAGAGCAGGCUGAUAACAGGUGCGUGUUUACACAGACAUCCUGAAGAUAAGUAUCUGAGGACGACCUUGCCGCUUUGGAUGCAUAAAUAAGAUAUCUUGCUGUCUUCAUCCACGCUGCAGUGCAACAACCAGACUGUAACAGGCCUGGUCAUGGACCAUAAAUCUCCUGUUUCCGCUGCUAAAUAUGUAUGAUGAAUACUGAUGCGGACAUUAACAUCAGGACGUGGAUUAACAGGAUAAGAGCAGGUAGUCCGUCUGUAAAAGGCUGAAUUCACCUGCACACGAAGAAGUGCUUUAGCCAAACUCACCUUUCCUGCUUAAUUAUCUCUGCGGCGUCUUUAAUCUUCUCGCUCUGCCUUCUUGCUCCGGCGCUGCCAAUUACUCCAGGCGUUACCUAAGACCCCGUAUUUUUUUCCUCGCUCAGACUAACGAGGUGUUUCUCAGGGACCCUCGCUUGCGGCGCAAAAGAAACCUCACAGCUCUGUCUUUGAGAAACGGGAGACAAAUUCCUCCUCUGAUGUGCCAUAUCGAAGCCCCCUCGAACCUACAACGCUGAUUUUCAAAGGCACCUUUCAUUCGAGAGCUCAAAGUGCGCUACAAAGUGGAUCAUCAGGAAAACUAGCGUAAGAAAAGUACACUUAAUUAGGGUGGAAUUAUGAAUAAAAUAUGAGCACAAGCUGUCAUUUUAAUGGAGCGCUUAAACAGAAACACAGGAUUUCAUGAAUGGAUGAAAUUUAUUCACUUAUUUGGCGACAAACCGAUAUAGCGUCCUUGUCUGUGUGCAGAGUUUGAAGCUACAGUCUGUUAACGGUUAAACAGCAACAGUUUCAUGGCCAAAUAUGUUCGUUCAGGGGAUUGAUACCACUCUCCUAUCAGUCUGUUAAAUGUUACCAAAUCAUAAAACCCAAUUCUGCGCCACAUUAUGAACAAUUUGACAUGCUAUCAAAAAUGGAGGCAGACAACAGGGUUUUACAAAGAAGAGUUGUGUUACCUCCCAUUCGUAGUGCACAUUGACAGCGAAGUGCCACUUUUACGCUCGGUACCCUUUUUUUUUGUGUUCUCACAUCAUCUCUUCAGCUCCCCCGCACACCCACCACCCUCCUUUGUGUCCCUUUUUCAGUGCGGGCGUAUGAAUACAUGAAUGACAAUAGAGUGUGGGUGACAGCUGAGAUUUGCAGCGACAAGCGGGUGUCCGAGAGUACGGUACGAGAGAUGGCAGAGGUGGCAGCUGGUUUUGGUUCGUAGACGGACAAUUGGCACUAAAAAAAAAACAGAGCCUCACCUGAAUUCACCACAUCUGCUGGUUUCUGCUUUGGGUUUGCUGCUGACAAUGACUACAACCUUUUCACCUCACUUUGUAAUUGUAUUCAUCCAAACGCUUUCCGAACUUUGAGGAAGUCAAGCCGAUUACUUGUUGCAAUGCAAACUGUUUAGGAUUUUGAAUAACCAGAGCUUAGUGCGAAUAAUGAGUGUAAGCCUCUUAAUCCAGAGCUGGUUUUGUUUUCCAAGGCAACAACAAGACUUUCGCAUUUAAAAGGAACAGAGGGAAACUUUUAGCUAAGCUUGCUUGUUAAAAGAUAAGCCUGCCAGAGGGACCCAGAUUUUCUGUUGAAAAUAAAUGCGUUUGUUGAAUUUUACAUCUGUUUUUUUCCCCUUCAACUCAGCAGGCCAGCAGGUGUGCAUAUGCAUUAUUUAUACCAGGAAAACAACCCCUCCUGGAGCUUUCUCAUUUUCUGACCUACUGGGCGUACGUAGACUCCUCGAAAUGCUACUCGUUAAUUUCUCAAUGAAGCUACAUGGAUAAGAAACAGUGUAGAUGCUAUUUCCGAAAGCUACAGUGAAAUAUAAGAGGGCUUGACGAAAUCACCAGAUGAUGACUUUACGGUGCACCACAACCCACUGCGCAAUGCGACGUCGAAAUGACAUCUAACAUAUUUUUUCAACAAUGAGGUACAAAUGUAGACGUCAUUUCAACGUCUAAAAGAGGUCCAAUAAUGACGUCUAAAUCUUGGAUCCAUUUUGCACGUUGUGCCGACGUCUAGAUUUGGUUUUCAGAUGACGUCCAAAUUCUAAACGUCAAAGUGUCAUCGAAGAAAGGUCCAAUUUGGACAUUGAAAUUUCUCACCUAUUUUUCAUCGCACUGACGUCUAGAUGUGGUCUUUGAUGGACCGACUCAAUACUGACUUGAUCUGCACGCCUCUUCGACGUCCAAUGUUUGAUGUUUUGGUCUGGCUGUUAGGCAACAGUGCUAACCACUGCACCACUGUGCCACCUAUCCACACCACUGUGCCAACGACACCCUUAUUUUUGUGUGUUUGUGAAUUUUGUCCGGAUCACCACCAAAAUUUAAUGGGAUCCUCCUGGUGAAAAUUUCAGGUCAAUCCGUUUGUUACUUUCUCUGUAAAGUUGCUAACAGACAAACAAACAAACAAACCAACGCUACCGAAAACAUAACCUCCUUGGCGGAUCUAAUAAAUUAAGCUAAUUUAAAGAAAAGUAGUAUAUUAAUGGCAAUUUUCCUAAUGGUUAAAAGAGUGAUAAGAUUAGGAUUCCUUACCAAAACGUUUAACAGUUAAAAAAAACUAUUUGCCACCAUAAGCAGAGCAGAACUUUAUCGCAGGCGCUGUAUGAGUAGGGCCAUAACACUGGUCUUCGUAAACUUCUCUGCAAUCGUAAAAACACCACAUACGCAAUUUUCAACUAGCCUAGUAUUAGCACUGUUAGUUUCACUAAGAUAUUCGUCUGCCUUCAGAGAGCUCAUGUGAAAAGAAGUAAGGAGUAGUGAAAAUACGUGAUUUUGAACCUAGCCAUGGAUAAGGGGAACGUUCGCUUAGUUAGCUAGCUUCUGUGCUCUUUUAAUUUCAAUGUUUUAUGCCAACUACAAACAUUUCUGAAGGGGUUUCUCUUGUUUGCUAACCACGUGAGCUAAAUGGUUGGUAGCAGCAAGAAAGUGGUAUCAGUCUCCUGAAAGUAAAUAAGCAUUUUACCUGAGAUGUUGAGCUGUUCCUUGGAGACUACAUGGAGGAGUUGGGAAACCCUAAGCCACUUGUCAUUAACGCUGAACGUCUCCUGAAACAAAGCAGAGAAAUCGAUUUUUACCCCUACGCAGUAAGUUUUUAGUCUCCUGAAAAUGGGGUAAAAUGGCCCUCCAGAGGUUAGACAUCUAAUUCUUAUCCUUUUCUGAUGCAAAUUUAAAAAAAGGAAUAAGACGGAGGCUCAGGACUGCGGUCACAGUCGGUCUCUUCCUUAUCUCUGGCUCCCUCGACAAGAAUCCCAUUAGGCGCUCCAGGCGGGAAAAGACAGCAAACCUCAUUUGCCUCUUUAGCUCCGCACACAACACGGGGAGCAAAUUUUGAUGAAGUCUGGACACAAAAACCAAACAGGGCAUGUCACCGGUGUCACGUAAAGAUUCGUGUCACUUUCACGGCUGUAUACGGAACUGUUCCUGCUCAUUUCACAGUUUAACAGUGAGCUCUUUACACCGCUCAUUAUUAUUUCGCACACAUUUUGGAGCUCAUUAAAAGAAUUUUAAUUGAAGGAUUACACACCCGAAGGAAACUUUCCUAACCUGCAAACAAAGCUGCUCUUUGUAAGUGACUGCAAAUGUAAGGGCCGGCAGCAAACGCAGACGAAACACUUGUAAGUACACGAGAAAAAGAUGUUUCUCUAUUAUUUAUAAUGGUCUCCUGGUGGAGUAGCUGUGAGUAAAAUGUGCCUCGGCUGAUUUUUUUUUAGUUUGUUUUUUUCCGUGAAACAGUUAAUUAGUACAAAUAGAAAAUUUUGUAGCUUCGCCUCAGGCGCCGAGUGAAUGAAAUAUUUUGUUUGGCCUCCAGGUCCUGCACCUGAGAGCUACGUGGGGUCUGUUCUCGUUCGUCUCUUUUUACACUCAGCCUUACUGAACAUGUCCUCGUUUAAAGGAAUCAUGUCUUUCGUGGCUUUUUUCUUCCUUUUUUUAUCUCACAAAGGAAGAACAGAUGAAUUUCAUCCUUUCUUAACACCCUCUGAAGGAGCGUAUUAAGUGUCGACAUGUGCGUCAAGUUAAAGUCUCGGCUUCAAGGGGAAGAAAAAAAAGUAUCACCACGAGUAAACAGAGUGAGAAAUGCUGAGGUGAAGAGCUAGCGCAGAUAUGAGGUGAUGAAAUCUUAUAUUUAGCUCUAAUUAGCAUUCGACUGAUUCCCCUGUGAUGGAGCCGUCUGUGUUUGUGCGUUUACAUGUGUUUACCAAAGCAGUCCGUCAGUCUGCUGGAUUCUCUCUGCCACAUUUGGUGCCUGCUCGUGCUACAUUGUAAAGCUAUAAAAUGUGUGUGUCUGUCCUCUCGUGUCUGUGAGAGGGUUUUAAAUGUGAGGUUAUUGAUGUUUGUGCAGUUUUGCUUUAGCUGUAUCUUCAGUAUGAGCUUACUAUAAUGAUGCAGUCUUGUUUUUCAUGGUUCGGUUCACGGUAAAUGGCGACAGAUUGGGUAUUUCUGACGCCAAAUGACCACUAUUUAUCAGAAAAUAAAUAUUGGGGGAAAACCUGGUAAUGUCUUUAUGUUGUAUGUAUGAUUACUUCAAUAAAAUCGGUCUCCGGUUAAAGAAACGGAGAUGAAAAAUA